CCCACGCCCUCCUCUUCCCAGACCCCUUCUCUCUCUCUCUCUCUCACUCGGUCUCUCUCUUCCGUAGCCUUCCUCCUCUUCCCAGACCCCUUUUCUCACUCUAUAAUUUCCCUCAAAUCCCCCGCCGAUUCUCUCUCACGCCAUUCUCAGUUUCGCCAACCGCAAAUCCUUACAGCUCCAUCCUCCGCCUCCAGAUUCGUCGAGAUGAGAGCCCCAACACCGUCGCCUGCACCACCGUCUCAGAAAAGUGAGCCAAAAUCUCGCGAGAAUCAGGCUGCACACGAGCGGAUCCAAAGGCCAAACCUCCGAUCUUGAAGUCGACACACCCAGAGGAUCAUAUCAUAUGGACGCCUGGCUUUUGAUUGCAGCAGUCUCCUAAUCUAUUGGCUUUCGGUUCGCUGGUAAUGUGAUGUUGUCUCUGUCUUGGCUUGAAGUAUCUCACUCAUAUGUAUUCAAUCUGAAAAGGGAGAGCUUGUGCGUGCUUUAGGAGGAGCUGUGGCAUCCACAUCUCUUCUUGGAGUUCCUCUUGGACAUAACUCCUCGUUUCUUCAAGGGCCGACCUUUGCACCUUCAAGGAUUAGAGAGGCUAUCUGGUGUGGGAGCACCAACUCAACAACUGAAGAAGUGUAUAGAUGUCGCAGUUGAUCACUCGUCGUCGGAGUGUGUCCAAUGCAGCUCCUGCAUUAUCAGCAUCUAGUGCUCUAGGCGUGAGUGCUCCAUUGAUUGGGGAGCCUACACCCCUUACGGAGGCUACUCCUACGACGUCCCAGGUGCCCGUAUCAUCAACGUCAUCAGUGUCAGUUGAGCCCCUCAGUGCACGGCGGCCUCACCGGCGCCGCCGCGAGCCGGAGCCUUCUGAUCACACUUCCUCGUCCUCCAGAGUCGAGGAUGGGGCCUCCCAACCAGCUAAAAAAAACACCAGGGGGCCCAAUCGAAUGUUGAAGGAGCUACAACUUGUACGUAUGUCUGCCUCCUUGAUCAAGAUUGCGUAUGAUGAGCGACAUCGUGGAGCGGUUACCUCACAGCAGCAUAACAGCGUCGUUAAUUGCUGUGGUUUUAUUAUUAGGAAUUUUUGUCCUAUGCGGUGGGAGAGUUGGGCAAAAAUUCCCGAGGAGACGAGGACCCUGGUGCGAGACAAUUUGGAGGUCGUUUUUGAAAUGGAGGACAUAUCCCCUGAGGUCAGUGCCUACUUAGAGGAGACCUUAGCAAGCCGGUACAAAGAUUGGAAGAGCGCUCUUCACAAGCAUUUUCAGCUAUGGGAAUCUCCGGAGAUUGCUCGCCUACAGGGUUGCCCACUCGAGUAUAAGGAACGGCGAGAGGAUUGGGAGUGGCUCUGCACACAUUUUACGGAUCCAAAAUUUUUGAAGAAAUCUGCUACUGGCAAGAAAGCUCGGGACUCAAAGACACUUCUCCACCAUUCCGGUUCGAAGCCCUUUUCGUAUAGGGUUGAGGCACGACGUGAGGAGGGUUCUAAGUUCCCACAGAUUGACCUGUUCAAGCAUGUUUACGUUCAUCCCAACAAUGAGAAAAGUGACCAGCUUUAUGGUGAUAUGGUGGAAAAGAGCACUGCUAUUCUCCAAGAAGCAACAUCGCAGCUUCCCCCGGAGACCCCGAUUGAGGACAUCAUUGUACCCAAGGAUGCAGAUGUUCAGAUCGUGACUGAGGUCCUGGAUCAGAAGUUCGGUCGUCGUCAUGGUAAGGUUGUUCGGUGUACGGGGAAGGCGGGGGUUCGUAAAACGGGUGCCUCUUCUUCCAGAUUGUCCACAGGAGAGGUCAAUUCCUUGAAGGAGGAAGUGACAACCCUAAGAGGUCAGGUUGCGGCCCAGGGCGAGAGGAUGAAUAUGAUUCUUCAGGCCUUAGCGAUGUCCGACCUCCAAAUCCCGACGAUGCCAGCACCUAAUGUUGCUCCACCUUCGACUUCCCAGCCAUUUCGCCCAGACGAUACCGAGUAGCAUGAUGUAUUAAACUUAGAAGACUUGUAGUUUUUUAUUUUUUUGUUCGGACAAACGUACAUUUUCAUAUAUUCUAUAAUUAAUUACUUUUUCUUGGUUUA